AUGGCCCUUGCUAGGAUCAUGCUUCUCAUCUUCUGGAUCUCUACAGAACCCUGCCUCUGGACCCCCACAUACUCCUUCAUCAGUCAGCUGUCUCUCAUGGAUCUCCUGUACAUCUCUGUGACUGUGCCCAAGAUGCUGGUGGGCCAGGUCAUGGGAGACCAUACAAUCUCCCCUGAAGGCUGUGGGAUCCAGAUGUUCUUCUACCUGACCCUGGCAGGGGCUGAGAUUUUCCUUCUGUCAGUCAUGGCCUAUGACCAGUAUGCUGCCAUCUGCAGACCUCAUUACCCACUGCUGAUGACCCAGAGGGUCUGCUGGCUGCUGGUGUCCGGCUGAUGGCUCCUGGGAGCACUUGACGGCUUGCUGCUCACACCCAUCACCAUGAGCUACCCCUUCUAAUCCAGGAAGAUCCUGAGCUUCUUCUGCCAGGCCCCUGCCCUGCUGAGGCUCUCCUGUUUGGACAUCUCCCUCUACAAGAUGAUCAUGUACCUGUGCUGCAUCCUCAUUCUCCUUGUGCCCACCGUGGUCAUCUCCAGCUCCUACAUCCUCAUCCUGCUCCUCAUCCACAGGUCCAGCUCAGCUGAGGGCUGCAGGAAGGCGCUGGCCACCUGCUCUUCCCACAUGAUAGAGGUGCUACUCUUCUUUGGUGCUGCCAUCUGUACUUACAUGCUCCCCGGCUCCUACCACACAGUACAGCAGGAUGUGAUGGUGUCCGCCUUCUACACCAUCCUCACCCCUGAGUUGAACCCCCUCAUCCACAGCCUGUGCAACAGAGAUGUCACUGUGGCUCUGAGAAUCCUGCUACAGUCAAGGAGGCUCUUCCUGAGGGUCCUGAGAGGGAGCACCUGGGAGUGA